AUAAGAGGAAUAAAACUCCUUCCAUUUAGGAACCUGGGUCAUCCAUUUGUUUGGCCUGGUAUUUCUGUGUGCCAGGAGAGGUACAUUUUGGACCCAGCCCAAGCCAGCUGGGUCUGACAAUUGCCCAUCAAUUGCGUGCGUGUGUGUGUGUGUGUGUGUGUGUGAGAUGUCUUCAAGCAGACACUGAAUCACAGAUUACCUACACCAAUCCCCUCUGACAGGAAAAAAAAAUUUGAGGUCUCCAGAGGGAAAGGGACUUCCUAAGGCCAAAGUUUAAAAAGCAGAACUGAGAUUUGAACCAGUUCUUAGGGAUGGUAUAGAGGGGACUGUUGCUCAGGUAACGAUUGCACUAGGUAAUCAAAAUCUCCUAGUGUGUCUCUCAGCUUCUAACUGCCACUUUUGGCUUCUAAUGACUGACUAGAAUGGGGAGGUAGGAGUUAAGCCUCUUGUCUUCAAUAGUCAGGGCUUCUAUCCCCUCCCCUCUCUGCCCUGACUGCCUAGCAACCGCUGAGCGUCCCUCCCUCGCCAGCUUAGGGCAGCUGCACCAUGGCUUCCACCGCUCCUGGGCCUCUGGUGGCCAAGAAGGUGGUGGUAUACCGGAAUGGGGACCCCUUCUCCCCAGGGCGAAGGUUGGUGAUCACCCACCGCCGUUUCCCCACUUUGGAGGCAUUUCUUAACGAGGUGACAACUGCCAUACAGGCUCCUCUGGCCAUUCGUACCCUGUACACCCCACAGCACGGCCACAUCGUCACUGAUCUGUCAGAGCUUCAGAGUGGCGGAGAGUAUGUCGCUGCCGGCUUUGAGCGUUUCCGGAAGUUGCCCUGUGUCUACCUUGGAGGGGAAAAACCAGGCAGGAAAAACAUCAAGUUCCUGGCUCCUCCAACUCUCCCAAGACCAAAUUACAGGUCUCCUGGAAGGAGGAUGCCAGCCUCGGCCUCUUGCACAAUUCAGGUAUUCAGAAAUGGGGACCUGCUUAGCCCCCCUUUUAGCCUGCGCCUGUCCCUUGCCUCCCAUCAGGACUUCGGAGCAGUGUUGAGGCAACUGACUGAGAAGGCUAAGUUGAAGGGUGGGGCUGUGAGCAGACUCUGCACAUUGGAAGGGGUGCCAGUGUUGGGCGGAGAAGCCCUGGUGAAUGGCGGUUACUAUGUGGCUGUGUCAGACGACGUAUAUAAGGCCCUGCCCUACCUGGAGCUUCUGGUGCCAAGCCCCGCCCUGCCUGGUGGCUUCUGGCGCCCACCAAGCCUUGAGCCUGGAGCCUACAGGCACAAGGCAGAUAUCUUCAGGGCUUCUGCGGCCCAACUCUCCAGGAAAGAAUCCUCCACUGGCUUUGCCAGACCUAGGCUGGCCCGACCUCAUCUGAGAAGGCGCCCCCUACUUCAGCCUGGAGAAAGGAGUGUGUAUGGUGCACCCCACGCCAGGAGGGAACUGGCAGGUGCCCAGGAAGUAGAGGAGGAUAGGACUACCUUGACAGAGGUGCCCUUGGAUGAGAGGGCUGCAGAAAUGGUAGAAGAAGCCUGUUUCUUGGAAAAUGCUGCUUAGGGUAGGUGGUGUAGAACUAAACUUAGGUGCCAUUCCGAGAACCAAGAAGCCCAGCCCAACCUCCUUCCCUCCCCCUUUCCCUGGCCCCCAGCCAGCAUUCCAGCAGCAGCCAUGGCACAGCCUUUUAUUGAACCAACCCGUCCUCUUCUGCUGUGGUCCCCCAAUCUCCUGCCAAGAUCUCAGCUGGAGAUCCACAGGCCGUUCGAGUCUGCCUGGCCCACCAACCUGCAGUGAGCCUGCCCAGUGAAGGGAAAGCCUCUGCUUCCAGGGGAAGGGAAGGGUUACCUUCCUCCACCCUGUAAAGCCUGACACGAGGUGGGGUGGGAAGGACGCAGGGGCAUACACUCUUUGAGAGGCUUUGUCCUAAUAAAGAAAAUAGUUUUCUCCC